AUGGCUCGCGCCCCCAGCCCGCUCUGCCUGGCGCUGCUGCUGCUCGGGGCGGUGGGCAGGGUCGGCCCCCGCCCCCAGGGUGCCACUGUGUCCCUCUCGGAGACAGUGCAGAAGUGGCGAGAAUACAGACACCAGUGCCAGCGAUUCCUGACUGAGGCUCCCCCACCAGCCACAGGUCUGUUCUGCAAUCGGACCUUCGAUGAGUAUGCCUGCUGGCCAGACGGGCUGCCAGGCUCGUUCGUGAACGUCAGCUGCCCCUGGUACCUGCCCUGGGCCAGCAGUGUGCUGCAGGGCCGCGUUUACCGAUUCUGCACAGCGGAGGGCCUGUGGCUGCGCCAGGACAACUCCAGCUCGCCCUGGAGGAACCUGUCAGAGUGCGAGGAGUCCAAGCGAGGGGAGAGAAGUUCCCCAGAGGAGCAGCUUCUGUCCUUUUCCAUCAUCUACACGGUGGGCUACACGCUGUCCUUCUCCGCUCUGGUCAUCGCCUCGGCCAUCCUCCUGAGCUUCAGACACCUGCACUGCACCCGGAACUACAUCCACCUGAACCUGUUUGCGUCCUUCAUCCUGCGAGCCCUGUCCGUCUUCAUCAGGGACGCCGUCCUCAAGUGGAUGUACAGCACGGCCCCCCAGCAGCACCAGUGGGAUGGGCUCCUCUCCUACCAGGAUUCUCUGGGCUGCCGCCUGGUGUUCCUGCUCAUGCAGUACUGCGUGGCAGCCAACUACUACUGGCUCCUGGUGGAGGGUGUGUACCUGUACACGCUUCUGGCCUUUUCCGUCUUCUCCGAGCAGCGCAUCUUCAGGCUGUAUCUGAGCAUAGGCUGGGGUGUUCCCCUGCUGUUUGUUACCCCUUGGGGCAUUGUCAAGUACCUCUAUGAGGAUGAGGGCUGCUGGACCAGGAACUCCAACAUGAAUUACUGGCUCAUCAUCCGGCUGCCCAUUCUCUUUGCCAUUGGGGUGAACUUCCUUAUCUUUAUCCGGGUCAUCUGCAUUGUGGUGUCCAAGCUCAAAGCCAAUGUCAUGUGCAAGACGGACAUCAAAUGCAGACUUGCUAAGUCCACCCUGACGCUCAUCCCUCUGCUGGGGACCCACGAGGUCGUCUUUGCCUUUGUGAUGGACGAGCAUGCCCGGGGGACGCUGCGCUUCAUCAAGCUUUUCACAGAGCUGUCCUUCACCUCCUUCCAGGGGCUGAUGGUCGCCAUCUUGUACUGCUUUGUCAACAAUGAGGUCCAGCUGGAGUUUCGGAGGAGCUGGGAGCGCUGGCGGCUCAAGCACUUGCACACCCAGGGGGACAGCAGCAUGAGGCCCCUCAAGUGCCCCACCAGCAGCCUGAGCAGCGGGGGCACCGUGGGCAGCAGCGUCUAUGCAGCCACCUGCCAGGCCUCCUGCAGCUAA